GCCAGAGAACACCAAAGAGUAUAUAGCUAGUAGGUAUAUAGACGGAUGUAGCAGGGAUAUAGAUCGCGCCUAGUACAAAAAACACGCUCGUAUGUUGGACGGGGCUUUUAAUGCAAUGAAUGUAAUUGGUGUCAGGUGAUAUGCUCAAAGGUGCUAUUGUGUGACCGGAGGACUGAGAUAUAUGCCCUCCACUAAUUAGAUGAGAGUGAACUUUCUAAAUGCUAUGCAAUCAUGACUGAAAAAGAAUUAGAAACACAUUUCCCUACAAGUUUUGCAACUAAUCGUACAAAAUGUUAUGAAACUUCAACAUGUGAAAAUGAAUUUUAUGAAAUUACGAGACUAUUUGAGAAAAAGUUUAGUUUUUCCAAAAAUAGUGCUUCAUGGUGUUUGCCGAAUGUUGAUUUAAUGUUCGUGAAUGAUAUAUGGAAGGUUAUGAAAUUGCAAACCAUCAAAGAAGAACUUAAUAAUGCUAAAAGUCAGUUAAACGAUUUUGAUUUAGCAGAUUGGCAUAGGCAUACCAAUUUUACUAAUAAAGCUGGUGACAUUCUUUGGAAAUUGAGAAGUGAAGUUGAACCUGAAUUUGUCACUCAGGCAUGGUGCAAAUUUUAUGAAAUUGUAAUGUCAUUUCCAUUGGUUCCAUCACAAAUUGGUGAAUUGAAAUAUUUUAAUUCUGUCCAUUUAUGUGAAGCACCAGGAGCUUUCAUUACUUCAUUGAAUCAUUUUCUUCAAUUGCAUUACCCAGAUGUUAAUUGGCAUUGGAAAGCAACAACUUUGAAUCCAUAUUAUGAAGGAAAUUCCUUGUCAUCAAUGAUAAAUGAUGAUAGAUUUAUAUUUCAUACACUUCCUUGUUGGACCUUUGGUUAUGAUUAUACAGGUGAUAUUAAGAAUUUGAGUAAUAUAAAUCAUAUUGUAGAAGAAGCAAAGCAGAUGGGUGAAGUUCUUUUGGUUACAGCUGAUGGAAGUGUUGACUGUCAUGAUAAGCCUGCAGAACAAGAAGGUGUUGUGUCUUCAUUGCACUAUUAUGAGACGAUUGCAGCUCUGAAUAUUCUAGGAGUAGGCUUACAGGAUGAAGGAAAAGUUAUGUUUCCAUUUGAAAGUAUUCCUCAGGAGUUUAUCGACGAAUUGCUGAUUUGUUCCACAAGGUUCAAAGAUUUUCAGGUUGAAGCUAUAAAGAAAAACAUAGAGAUGUUAGGUGACCCUUCUGUUAAUUAUAUUAUCAAACGAUUUAAGUAUUUGGCAGUUCAGCAUUUCAUGAAACAUUAUAAAUUAAAAAAAAUAUCUGAUGAAAGUAAAGAAGUGAAAGAAACUAUGUCCCAAAACUUGGAUCCACAUGCUAGGAAAGGAUCGUACAGUGAUAGAAUCCAGAAAAAGAAUUCUGUAGUUAAGAAAUUAUUGGAACUUCAUGAAGAGUUACAAGUUUUUAAUGUAACAUGGACAUACAAACAUGAUAUUAAGUGGUUAAAAAUGCAGUCGUCUCAGCUGGAAUUCAAUGUUAUCAGUGGCAAACCAAUAAAUAUUGUUCAUUCCUCUAAAUUUUGCUCAAACCACCUCCUAAAAAUAUGGGAUGAUAUUCGAGAGACAACUUCACAGUUCUUUGAAAAUAGUUCUGAUAAGUAUCAGGUUCAUGAAAUGAAUAAAUGCAGUAUAGAAAGACUCUCACAGGAUCUAAAGCAAGCUAAUUCAUUUCUAACAAGUAAUUUAAAUAUAGUGAGAAUUAACAAUGACUACUGGUCUUCCCUUAAUAGUAACACAAAUAAUCUAGCUGAAAAAAGGGCUUUUUUUGAUGUUAUGACCACAAUAAACAAACUGCAGAAAGGAGAUAACUUGCUUUUGUCUGGUUAUCCGUUGUUAACACAGUUUAAUGUUGGAAUAAUAUACUUGCUGACAGGUUUAUUUGAAAAGAUUGGUUUCAUCAAUCCCGUUAAACAUGACUAUGGUAUUGUUUUUGUUGGAUUUCAAUGUUCAAAUGUUGAUGUUUUGAACUUCCUUAAUUCUGUAAAGGAGAUGUGUAUUAGAAAUAUGAAGUCAAGUGAAAUAAGUGUUCUGGCAGUUCUGAAUAUCACUCAACUUUGUGGAAAAAUGGACAAUUCUCUUAAAAAAAUCAACCAUUUUCCAACACCAAAAAGGAAAUGCUCCACAAAUGACCAUGAAAUGGAGGAGAUUGAAAAUGGCUAUACAUUCUGUCAGUGUGUUACUGAAAUUAAUAAUGUAUAUAUGAAAGAACAACUGUCAGUGAUAAUAAAUGAGCACAACAAAGUUUUGUUUUUGUCUCAUCUCUUUCGUGAUGGGUACAAUGAAUCAUCAGAAGAAGAAAUAGGAAAAAAAGGAACUAGUUAA